AUGCGUGAUCCAACGCAGCUGAAAGUUGAAGGCCACUUUCCACAUUGGUUGACUGGUUCACUAUAUCGUGGUGGCGCAGGAACCUGGGAUGUGGGCAAUUACACUGCUGAGCACUGGUUUGAUGGCUUCAGCCGUAAUCAUCGAUUUGAAAUUGCCAACGGGAUGGUCUCAUACCCAAGCCGUAACGGCUCUGACGAGAUUAUGGACUUUGUCCACGAAACGGGCCGCUAUCCGGAGAAGAGUUUUGGAAGCGACCCUUGCAAGAUGAUUUUUGGCGCCUUCGAAACUACCUUCAGAGACGGAAUCUCUCCACACGGGAACAAGAGCUCCAUGAACAUUGCUGUUUCUUACGCUCCAAACUUUCCUGGAAUCAUUGGCAAUUCCACUGAUGGAAAUGUUCCUUUCAAGACACUUGUUAUUACGACAGAUGCUAACGGCCUUCAACAAAUCGACCCUGAUACAUUGGAGCCUAUUGAAAUAUUAACCUACCAGGCGUCACAUGCCUUACUGGUUAAUGGAGGCCAAUUAGCAGCCCAUCCAGUCCAUAGUUCAGACGGAUCUUUGUACAAUUAUGUGCAUGACCUAAGCUCAAGUCCCCCGGCUUACCGUGUGUUUGGGAUCCACCCUCCCUCAGGAGAAACUCAAAUCCUCGCAAACAUCACUGAUGCACCCCCGGCUUAUAUUCACUCUCUUUUCGGCACCGAGCAACACAUUGUACUGAUCAUCUGGCAAGCCGAUUUCACUCAAGAGGCAAACAACAUCGUUGAUAGCAUUGGGCCUUGGGACCCGGAGCGAAAGGCCCUCUUCUACGUUAUCAACCGCGCUCAUGGGGGCAUCGUUGACAAGGCAGGAAACAUCUUUGUUGAUUUACCUCGGAUGAAUGACAAGAGCUUCUUGAGUGCUGCUCGUAUUCCGAAUCUGAGGGUUAAUCUCGGAACACCAAACGCGACAUCGAAAAAUGACUUGGCUGGAUCUUUCACGCGUUACUGGUUGCCACGACAGUGCAAGUCUUCGCAAAUUGGUAACGGCACGUUGGAAACCACUCCAGCCAGAAUCGAGUUCUCGCUCCCAUAUGCAGAGGCCAAUAUUGAGCUUCCCCGCAUCAAUCCCGCAAGGGAUGGUAAGCCCUACCGAUUCUCGUACGGGAUUCACGUUCAGAAGGCCGGGAACUUUGCGGACUCGAUUAUUAAAAUUGAUGCUAAAAAAAGACGGUGGAAGGUGUGGACACCAGGGACAAGGCAUUUACCUUCAGAGCCAAUAUUCGUCUCAAGUCCCAAUCCUACCUCUGAGGAUGAUGGGGUCCUGUUGAUAGUGACUAUGGAUUCGAAAUCUAAGCGCAGCUCAUUAGUUGACAUUGAUGCCAAGACUAUGAAAGAGCUGGGCCGGGCAAGGAUGCCGAUUGUGAUGGGAUAUGGUUUCCACGGCGUUUGGGGCCAUGCUGCCCAGGGAUCUUCUCUAGGCUUCAAGUAG